UGUCAAAAUCAACAUCAAACAAAAAUGUUCAAAAAUAAAUCGAUUGUCGUAUCAAAAUAAUUUACUGCAGGAUGGAUGACGGUUUUUAUUAGGCUAAUGCGAUUGAGAAGUGUAUAUUUUGAAUAAAACAUGUAAUUAGUGUCUGCUGCGUGUAUCCUUCCCAGUGUUUGUACUUCAGUGUAUUACGAUAUGGAGAAAGAAGAUUCACAGUGUAGUUUGAGUCAAAGCGAACGCGGCACGAGGAGUGCGCGAACGCUCAUGGACAGCGUGUCGUCUGAUGAGGGACCGGAGACGGAGCGGCUCCUGGGCGCGCUUUCGCCGGCGAUAGUAAACAAGGCCGCGGAGAGACGGGGAUCACUGACAGUCCCUCCCUCUCCCACCGAUUCUCGUAAAAAGCGCGACCACUCUCGCCACCACCACUACAGGAGUCAAUUGCAACACCUCAUCCACUGGAGGGACAUAUGGGGAGGAGAACCUCAUAAAGUGAAUGAGAGCCUCCACCGGAGCGAGUCGAUGGUGUCUCUGGCGUGCUUCAAGACGCUGUCGCAGCUGGUGGCCAACGACACCGCCGCAGAACUGCAGCAGUACCUCGCCAACAACAAGAACAUCAACAUCGACGACAGAGAUGAGAAUGGCACAACAGCGCUUAUGCUCGCGUGUGAGGGUGGGCACGCGGCGGCCGCGCGCUCGCUCCUGGCAGCGGGCGCGGACGCGGGCGCGUGCGACGCCGACGGCUGGACGCCGCUAGCGUUUGCCGCGCGCGCCGGGCACGUGGCUGUGGCCAGGGACCUGCUGGACGCGGGGGCUCGAGUAGACCCCAGGGACUGUGGUGGAUGGACGCCUCUCAUGUGGGCAGCGUACAAGGGACACGAGGAAGUGGUAGCGGUGCUUCUGGAGAAGGGAGCGGAUGUUCACGCGCAUGGAAACUAUAAUAUUAAUUCGUUAGUAUGGGCAGCUGGGAGACGCCACAGCGGGGUUGUAUUGCGAUUGCUAGCCGCAGGCGCGCGUGCGAACUCUUGCGACAAGUACGCGACGUCUGCGCUAACAUGGGCGGCGCGCGCCGGCGACGUCGCCUCGGCUGCGGCGCUGCUACGGGCCGGCGCCGACGCUAACACCGCUGGAAUGUACUGCUGGACGCCCCUGCUGCAGGCCACGCAAGGGAACCACGUUGAGAUCGUCCAAAUGCUAUUGGAGCACAAGCCAAACGUGAACGCGCUAGACAAAGACGGCUUUACGGCUCUGGCCAUCGCCUGCAAGGAAGGGUACUACGAAAUCGCACUGGCUUUAAUGAACGCGGGUGCUUAUAUUAAUGUGCAGGAUCAUUCAAAAGACACGCCCCUAAUACAUGCUGUAAAAGGGGGUCACAAAAAUAUAGUGGAGGCGCUUCUGAAGAAACACGUAGACGUGGACCUUCCCGGCAAAGAAAAGAAGACUCCAGUAUACACGGCAGUCGAGAAGGGACACCUCGCCAUACUCAAGUUACUGCUCGCUUCUAAUCCGGAUUUAGAACACACUACUGUGAGUGGCGACACGCCACUAAUGCGAGCAGUGAGGUCACGCAACCCUGAGAUGGUGCAGCUCCUGUUGGAGAGGAAAGCGCGCGUCAAUGUCGCCGACAACCGCGGCGACACCUCGCUUCAUAUAGCCAUGCGCGCGCGCUCUAAGCAAAUAGUUGAAAUUCUACUUAGAAAUCCAAAGAAUAGUCAAUUAUUAUACAAACCCAACAAGGUUAACGAGACGCCCUACAACAUCGACAUGAGUUACAACAAGACGAUAUUGGGGCAGAUAUUCGGCGCGCGCAAGUUGAAUACGAACGAGGACAAUGAGAAUAUGUUGGGAUACGAGCUUUAUAGCGCGGCUUUGGCCGACAUGCUAUCGGAGCCGAGCUUGUCGGUGCCUAUUACUGUGGGGUUAUACGCUAGAUGGGGAUCUGGGAAAUCGUUUUUGCUCAAUAAACUUAAGGAGGAGAUGAAAAACUUCGCCCGUCAAUGGAGUGAAACGGGUUGGACGUGGUCGUGGGCGGUGUCUUGGGGGGCGUGGCACGUGGCGUUAUCUAUCGGCGUUUGCGUGGCCACAGCUGGGGCGCCGGCCUACGUCGCAGUGGCUGUGUGUUUCGCGCUUUUUGCUGCCUUCUACCUGGCGCUGUAUAUCCUGUGGUACACGGGAAACAAAUAUGAAUGGUGGUGGUCCGGCGGCGUUUUGACUGCGCUAGGUUCAAAGUUCGCGUCCCUGUUACUGGUGCUACAAGUAGUAUUCUGCCAUCCGCCGGGACCGAACGACCCACAUGCAUUACCCGCUACUCCUAUAAGAUUCCAUUUCACGGAGGGCAUGAAGGGCGGGGGAGCGGGGCAAGAGGGGGAAGCGAUGGUGGUGCAGAUGAUAGCGUCUCUAGCGGAGGCGCUAGAAUGCCAGUAUGGGCGUGUUUGCACGCGGCUGGCACGCGCCUUCCGACCUAAACCCGUGUCCUCUACAUCUGGAUGGAAAUGGCGUCGCGUGUGCUGCAUCCCUCACAUCAUUACGUUUGAGAUUUGCUUUACGUGCAUCCUCAUUGGAAUCAGUGUGCUCAUCAUGUACUUCACCGACAAGGAGGCGGAUGCAACGCGGCGUGAAAUCCAACAGGGCGUGAUGUUCGGCGCCUGCGCACUGGCCGCGCUGGCCGUCGUCGCCAACCUGUACACCUGGGGCCGCGUGCUGGCGGCGCUGGUGCUGUCCCCGCGGGCCCGCAUGGCGCGCGCGCUGCGACGCGACGCGCCCACGCUCGCGCUGCGGCCCGAGGUGCUCACGCUCACGCACACGGUGUCCUGCCUAGACGCGUUCACUGGCCAGCAGACGCGGCUGGUGGUAGUAGUGGAUGCCUUAGACAGCUGCGAGCAAGAGAAAGUGCUCGCGUUGCUCAAUGCAGUUCACGCGCUGUGCUCCGAUCCCAAGAGCCCCUUCAUACUGCUGCUGGCUAUCGACCCACAUAUUAUUAGCAAGGCAGUGGAGAUAAACAGUAGGCGGGCGUUCUCCGAAAGCAACAUCGGCGGAUGGGACUACCUUCGGAAUAUGGUGCAGCUGCCCUUCUACCUUCAGAACUCAGCUCUCAGACGCGUCAAGGCCGCACAGCAGGCUGCCGCUAAGCGCACGCAGGCCAUUGGAGCUGAUGACUUUUCUACAUCGCUGCAGAGAUCGGUAUCAGCCCGCCGCCUCUCAUCCACAUCCGAGCUCAUGUCGAGCCAAGAACGCAUAAAGAACCAGUCCGCCAAAGACGUGCCUAGCGCGAGCGUGCAAGCGGCACGUGCGCGGCGCCUCCGUCCAUCAGAGUCAGUGGCGUCGUCGGUCGCGUCGGGGCUGCACCGCGCGCCCGCCGCCGGCGCCGCCGACCUUGGCCGCGUGCUGUUGACCGACGACUACUUUAGCGACGUCAACCCGCGGAGCAUGCGCCGGCUCAUGAACGUGCUCUACGUCACAGGUCGUCUUCUAAAAGCAUUCCAAAUCGAGUUCAACUGGUACCAGCUGGCGUCGUGGGUGAACAUGACGGAGCAGUGGCCCUUCCGCACGUCGUGGAUCAUCUACCACCACGAGACUUAUGAAGAACAUAUUGAUGACUCCACCUCGCUCAAGCAUAUUUAUGAAAAAGUAAAACCAGCGAUGGGCAGCCUCCGCGAAGCCAGCACCCUCAUGGAGCUGGACCGCGACGAGCGCAAGCUGGAGGUGUUCCUGAGCUUCCACCGCGCCACGCUCACCGCCGCCGACCUCAAGAUCUUCCUGCCCUUCACCAUCAACCUGGACCCCUACAUCAAGAAGGUCAUCAAAGAAGAGCAGCUGCAGAACGGCUUAGAAGAGGAUAUGGGCGCCGGUGCAGCGCCCUGGAACACGCCACAGCACAUUCGUCAGCCGCACUCGAAGCUGUUCCAUAGGAAACAUCGCUCGUCCCCACCAAACCAGUCAGCGCCGCAAGCUCCCUCCAACCAGCCGAUGUGGGUGGGCUGGGCCAACACGAGCGGCUACGUGCCGCAGAUGGCGCCCUUCGCGCCGCAGCCCGCGCCCGCGCAGAACCCUUAUCUCAUGCUGAGAACCGCCUUCCCUGCGCUGGGUGACGUGUCAGGCCUCCGUCUAUCAACUCUAAGCGUGGACCGCGUGUGCUCAUUAGCUCGGGGCGCGCUUGGAGCAGGUGGGGAAGCGGCGGCGGCUGCUCUACAGAAACACAGAGUCUGCGGCCUCGCGCUCGCUGCCUGCCGGCUACAGGACCUAGCGCCGAUUCUAGAACUGCCCUUCGGUGACUGGGAGUUAUUCAAAUUGCUGAUCAUAAAUCUCCGUGAGAUCGAAGCCCACUUGCCUACCAGUGCACCUACAGUGAAUGUAAUUACCGAUAAAGCAGCAGAAACAGAACCUGACUCAGUGAAAACAAGACCAGUGAUUGAACACCAACGCAGCCGCCCCUCAAAUGUGGAAAAACAGGUGACGCUCGAGGAGCAGAUGAUAUGCGGCGCGCUGCAGACUCUCAACGAGGAGGCUUUGGAGGACGUGCUGCAGAACGACCCGCCCCCAGACGAGGAGGCGGAGCCGCCGCCGCCGCGCGACGCGCCCAUCCUCAAGGGCGCCGGCAGCUUCCGGCGCCGCGCGCUCGCCGACCCGCCCGCCGUCACCUUCAGCGUCGAGAACGAGCACGACUCCGACGACGGACACAUCACCUUCAGCGCGCGCCCGCCCCCCGCCGCCCCGCGCCGCGCGCGCUCGCGCCCCCGCUCGCUGCUCGUGGCCGCCGACGACGCGCCCGAGCCCGCCGCGCGCUCGCGCUCCGUCGAGGACUCCACGCGCUCCGGCUCGCCCGUCGUCGACCUCAAGCUGCGCGGCCUGCGCCGCACCGCCGACGUGCUGCGCAAGGUCAGCUCCGCCGAGCGCCUCGCGCGCCUCAAGGACAAGAUCAUGGCGCGCGACCGCAGCCCCGCGCGCGACGAGCCCGCCGCCAGCGACGACGAGUCCGCGCCGCUGGUGUCGCCGCCGCGCCCGCCGCCGCCGCCGCCGCUCGGCGUCGAGUGCGAGCGCGAGCGGGAGCAGGGCGCCAGCUCGGACCCGUCGCCGCGCUCCGACCUGACGGAGCUGGACUCGCCGCGCGGCGCCGACUUCGACCUGCUGCCGGCGGGCAAGGGCGCGGGCCCGGAGGUGACGCACGCCCACGGGCACGGGCACGCGCGGCGGGACAGCGGCGCGUCGCUGAGCAACAUGGUGGAGCCGUACAACCUGCGGCUGCUGGCGCACGGCACGACGGACAGCGGGCGCGCGCUGUGGCGGCAGGACGCGCUGGACGCGGGCCCGCCGUGGCCCUGGGACGAGCCCGACGAGGCCGUGUGACGCGCGCGCCGCCCUCGCUUCCAGUGACGGAUCGGCGAUGACUUGAGAUUCCUCUACGUCGCGAAACGUUCGCGACCGACCGGAAUCUACGUACCUCUUGUGUACUUAUUAUUAUUCAAUUUUUAUGAUACGUUCGAUGAUACCUGUAGCUGUAGGUACUUAAUGUUUCACAAAUUGACGGCAAAAACGAUAUUGCAUUUAAAUGUAAUAAAGUACUUGUACCCAGAAUUGUGAUAUUAUAUCCAUAAGAGUACGAAAAUAUAUUUUGUUUUCGAUCAA